UAUGAUCUUGUAUGAAGUGUUAACGUUGAGUGCAAUUUUAUAACAUUUUUAAUGCUGACUUUAUGAAAACUAGACCAACAAAUGUGCCCCUCCAAGUCUCAGUGGACUGUUCCAGACGUCAAUCAAUAAACGUGUUAGCAACAAGUGAGCGAACUUGAGUCACUUGUCCCGGGUUCCGAGGGUUAUGUGUUAUGCCCGUCUAUCUUAAGAACUAGGCAAUUCCCGGCUUUCACGGAUUAACUCGAGGGCCUGGACAAUAUAAAGCCGUACGACAUUUCCAGAGUAAAAGUCGGGCACGAUGAAGGGCGAUCCGACCAAAGUUGUGUCCACGGAGCGAGGUCAGCUGCACGGCCGGGGCCAUGACGGGGAGGGGCGGGUGAAAAGAACAACAGCACGCAGCUGUAGGCGUCGCUUCUCCAGCAUCGGAACCGUGAGUUCGGAGCCAAACACGUCUUCCUCUGAGGACGAGACGGAGCCAAAAACAAAGAGAAGGACCAGGAUGAGGAUCAAGAAAGAGCCUAAGUGGUCUCAAAGUGAUGACGUCGUGAGCAGUGAGGCCCAGUGCAAAGUACCAAACGACCCACGCAGUUGGUCUCGCGACGACGUUCGGACAUGGUUGGUGUGGGCGCAGGCGCACUACACAGUAGGGGAGUUGGAUGCCGGAAAGUUCAUCAUGAACGGAAAGGGACUUUGCCUGAUGGACAAGAAGGGCUUCGUCUACAGAGUUCCCGGAAAGGGGGAAGUACUCUAUCUGGACUUCCAGGAAAGAUUGUUCCAGGCUCUGAAGGCCCAGAGAAAAUUGUAAAAGUGAAAGUAGGUCUUGUCACGGGUCUGUUUUGUGGCGUGGAUUCACCUACACUAGGACGUAAAGAGAACACCUUUUACUUUCAUUUUCAUUUUGGAACACGUUGUCCAACGUUUAUUCAAGGGUAGGCGUAGGGUAAGAUGAUAUUUCGAACUAAACACGGAUAAAGAAAAGAUCGCUUAUAUGUGAUCCUGGGUGUUUUGUCCUUUCAAGUUACAAAUUGGUAUUAUUUGGGCAUUGUGGGUACAAGAAAAACACGAAAAUGUAGUCCUGUAUUUAUUGCUUCAUUGUUAUGACGGGGUUGAAUAUCCAGCAUGUCAUUAUCAAAAUAUUAGCACCGUUUAGACCUAUCAUUUUGGCUAGGCGUAAGAAAGACUUCUGUCCUGAAAUGUUCUUUUAAUUGUCACACUAUGCUGUAACAAUGUAAAUUUACUUUAUAAGAUGGUGAAACAAUGAAUUUACGGGCACUUCAGAAAACUAUGACUUCACUGUGUUAACGUUCCUCGUUUAUAAUUAUCUGAACAUUCAAAGUAUGUAAUUAUCCGGGCCCUUCUCAUACAUAAUCAUCUGAACAUUCAGAGUGGUGUAAAUACUAGUAAUCUUUUCUGGUGAAUUUUUGUUCCUCUUCCUUUUUUUGUAUACUGUACAUAACUUGUAUGAUCAUUGUUUUAAACAAUGAAGAAAAUAACACACAAUAGCUUGUGCAUGGCUGCUAGUAUAUAGUACCGUUAUAAAAUUUGCUCACUUUUUGACGGAAAUUUGUUGAACAGUAGUCAAGCAUCAAUCGGUAUUCGGUAAUGCUAUUGAUAGAUAGAUUGAUAGAUGUUAUAUUUUGUACGUAUACUUCAGAUGAAAAAUUGUUUCGUUCAGAUGUAUCUAGUCGUUCUCAUUUAAUCCAUUGCUUAUCUGACCAUUGGGAACAGGGUUCUUUUAUUAUAUGUCUACACCAGUCAUAUGGCUACUCAGGUUUGAAACAAAGCCAGUAUGACUCGAAUUACGGAAACGUUAUAAACUGAACUGCAGGAAAAAAAUCAUUUACCGGUCAGUUAAAAAUGCAUUGUUAGAUCCCGUUCAUACCAGACUUCUAAAAACCGGUUGAAACCGCUAAAUAAUUAGCGGGGGAAAACCCGGCUAAAAAUUACGAAGCAGUGAAUCUUUGCCAUUGAAAUCGGUUCUGUAUAUAAUGCUGUUUUCCUCUGU